AUGACUCGGGAAAAAGACAGCACAUCGCCUUCUCAGCAUCCAAGCGAUAUCGAAGCUUGCAGUACGCCAGAUGCCUCGAAAUCUGACGACGAUGCAGCCACGGCAGGUCCAACUUCUGCUUUCAAGCAGCUCGCCAUUCUAGAUCGAUUCCUUGCAGUCUGGAUCUUCCUGGCUAUGGCUAUUGGGAUCAUCCUUGGUAACUUUGUUCCCAACACGAGCAAAGCUCUGGACAAAGGGAAAUUCGUUGGUGUGUCGGUGCCUAUAGCAAUCGGCCUGCUCGUCAUGAUGUACCCCAUUCUGUGUAAAGUGCGAUUCGAGACUCUCCACCGGUCAUUCCGCGAGAAAGCGCUCUGGAUUCAAGUUGCAUUCAGUAUUGUUGUGAACUGGAUUAUAGCACCUCUAUUCAUGCUUGCUUUAGCAUGGGCGUUUCUCCCCGACGAAAGAGGGCUUCGAGAAGGUUUAAUCUUAGUCGGCAUCGCACGGUGUAUUGCAAUGGUCCUUGUCUGGACUGGUCUUGCAGGAGGAGACGGUGAAUACUGUGCGAUUCUGGUCGCAAUUAACUCGGUCCUGCAAAUGGUUCUAUUUGCGCCCCUCGCCAUUUUUUUCAUUCGCGUCAUCGGAGGUGAAGACAACGGUCUGACCAUUGACUAUUCAUUGGCCGCAAAGAGUGUUGGUGUGUUCCUCGGUAUACCGCUAGGAGCAGCCAUUGUCACCCGCUUCGCUUUAAGAUUCCUCAUCAGCAAGGAAUGGUACGACAGAACCUUCUUGAAGCUGAUCAGUCCGCUAUCUUUGAUCGGUCUUCUGUUCACGAUUCUGGUUCUCUUCGCUUCCCAAGGCAGGCAUGUUGUCCAUCAGAUUGUAUCAGUCAUUCGAGUCGCCGCUCCGCUCAUCGUUUACUUCGCCGUCAUUUUCCUCGUCACCCUCCUAGUGACACGUCGACUGGGCUUCGGCUACAAGCUGUCAUGCACACAAAGCUUCACGGCGGCGAGCAAUAACUUUGAGCUUGCAAUCGCAGUAGCAAUUGCAACAUUUGGUGUUGACAGCGACCAAGCGCUAGCCGCCACAGUCGGUCCUCUCGUCGAAGUUCCCGUGCUAUUGGCGUUGGUAUAUGUCGUCAAGUGGUUUGCCAGGCGACAGCAAUGGAAGUGA